GCACGGAGGGAGCUCUGGUAUCUGUACCAUGUCUUCCAUGGGGACUCUGGCAUUUGACGAAUAUGGCCGUCCUUUCCUCAUCAUCAAGGACCAAGAGCGCAAGUCUCGUCUUAUGGGACUGGAGGCACUCAAGUCUCACAUAAUGGCGGCUAAGGCUGUAUCAAAUACAAUGAGAACAUCACUUGGACCUAAUGGGCUUGAUAAAAUGAUGGUGGAUAAGGAUGGUGAUGUGACUGUAACCAAUGAUGGUGCCACCAUUUUAAGCAUGAUGGAUGUAGAUCAUCAGAUUGCUAAACUGAUGGUUGAACUUUCCAAAUCACAGGAUGAUGAGAUUGGAGAUGGGACUACAGGAGUAGUUGUUUUGGCUGGUGCUUUGUUGGAAGAAGCUGAACAACUGCUGGAUCGUGGUAUUCACCCAAUCAGAAUAGCAGAUGGUUAUGAGCAGGCUGCUCGCAUUGCCAUUGAACAUUUGGACAAAAUCAGUGAAAGUUUUCCAGUUGAUGUUGGAAACACUGAACCCCUCAUCCAGACUGCAAAAACAACUCUUGGUUCUAAAGUAGUUAACAGCUGCCACCAACAAAUGGCUGAGAUUGCUGUAAAUGCUGUCCUGACGGUAGCAGAUAUGGAACGAAGAGAUGUUGACUUUGAGCUAAUCAAAGUAGAAGGCAAAGUAGGAGGAAGACUUGAAGAUACUCAGCUCAUUAAGGGAGUAAUUGUGGAUAAGGAUUUUAGUCAUCCACAAAUGCCUAAAGAAGUGAAAAAUGCUAGGAUUGCAAUUCUUACUUGUCCAUUUGAGCCACCUAAACCAAAAACUAAACAUAAGCUUGAUGUUACUUCUGUAGAAGAUUACAGAGCCCUACAGAAAUAUGAAAAGGAGAAGUUUGAAGAGAUGAUUGAACAAAUUAAACUCACUGGUGCAAACCUAGCUAUUUGCCAGUGGGGCUUUGAUGAUGAAGCAAAUCAUUUACUCCUUCAGAAUAAGUUACCUGCUGUCCGUUGGGUAGGGGGACCGGAAAUUGAACUGAUUGCCAUUGCAACGGGAGGGCGCAUUGUUCCACGGUUCUCUGAACUUACAUCUGAGAAACUUGGUUUUGCUGGUCUUGUGAAAGAGAUUUCUUUUGGCACAACAAAAGACAAAAUGCUUGUUAUAGAGAAAUGUCGGAACUCCAGGGCUGUGACCAUAUUCAUUAGAGGAGGAAAUAAAAUGAUCAUUGAAGAAGCAAAACGAUCUCUUCAUGAUGCUCUUUGUGUGAUCAGAAACCUAGUUCGUGAUAAUCGUGUGGUAUAUGGAGGUGGUGCAGCUGAAAUAUCUUGUGCUUUGGCAGUUAGUGAAGAAGCUGAUAAGUGUCCUUCUUUGGAGCAAUAUGCUAUGAGAGCUUUUGCAGAUGCAUUAGAGGUCAUUCCCAUGGCCCUUUCUGAAAAUAGUGGUAUGAAUCCCAUCCAAACUAUGACUGAUGUACGGGCCAGACAAGUGAAAGAAAUGAAUCCUGCCCUUGGCAUUGACUGCUUGCAUAAGGGUACAAAUGAUAUGAGACAACAACAUGUGAUAGAAACUUUGAUUGGCAAAAAGCAACAGAUUUCUCUUGCAACACAAAUGGUCAGGAUGAUUCUGAAGAUUGAUGAUAUUCGCAAACCAGGAGAAUCUGAAGAAUGAAAUCUUAAAUUGGAGGAAAAUGUAGUAAAGCUACUACUGUGUUUAAGUGAACAGAAGUCAUGCGUUGGAACUACAGCUAUUUAUUAUUUUUUCCCUUUUCUGGCACUGUAACUGCUAUAUGCUAAAGACAAUAAUAAAUUAGCUGUUUAAUAACUAUAACUUGUUUCAAAAACAUUAUGUAUUUGUUGAGAGAUUGACACACAGCUUUUGUAUUUGUUAUAUUAAAGGGAUCUCUUUUGAAUUAGACCUUUUUCUGUUUCUCAAGUUUUAAGCAAAGCUCAUUAUUUGUAGCAGCAUCUAAAUGAGACUUCAUUUGUGAAAGUGAAACAUGGAAGUCAAAGGAAAGAGUGACAUUUUGCUAGUCAUUGAAUUGAGAUAUGUUAUCCUAACAGUUCCGGUCCUAGAUUUACUUGUUAUUCUUGCAUUUCUUCAAACCUUGAGAGAAGGCUAUAUGCUUCCCACUAUUCAGAGAAAUAUCCCUGGAUUGGGGCUGCUGAUUUCAAACUAUAUUCAUUUGGUUGAGAACUUAAUGGCAUUGUACAGUGGUUUCCUUACAGUACAGUAUUUGCCAUCAUGAUAUCAAAGAAGCAUUUCCAGUCAUGCCUCUAGACUCCAGAGUUGAGAAUCCUCUCCCUUUGUUUCUCCUCCUCCUCCUCUCUUUAUUCCCCCAGCAUUCACAGAAGAAAGGUCAAAGUGCAUCUAUAGAUCAAGUUCCCAGUAUCACCUUCCAGAUACUGACGUUCAAGAAGCAGACCUGAGCUCAGGAAUUCGCUUCCAAUUUGGGUCACAUCUAGCAAAAUUCCAAGUGCACAUUCACCAAGGCAAAAGAGUAUAGUGCAGGGGGUUCACAAGAUCUUAGUAGCCAUCACUUCACAGCUGACAGCUGGUCAGUAGCUUUGAUUUAUAGAUCUGUGUAAGUACAAGUUCUGCUUGAUUGAUUAAUGUGUGUGUUCUGAAAAGUAAAUUAACAUGAUGGAUAUGAAAGGGUUUUGAAAACAAAUAUGGUUUUCUUAUUAGAAAUAAACCUGAAGUGUAUAACAAUGAAAACUAGGAAAUAGUUAUGUAAAGGUAACUGAAGCCCUAGAUCUAAAAUGGUUUGUGUGAAAUUUGGUUUUUAAACUACAUUUAUUUUAGUUUUCAUGUUCUAGAUAUGUUUGGAGGUUUUUUGGUUUGGGGGGCAGAUAGUUAUUUGUAACAAUCAAAAGAAGCGGUCCUGGAUAAUUAUCAUAAUAAACUUAAUUUUCAUCAA